GAAGGCUGACACACCACCAUACAAUACACACAUAGCCAUAUACAGGGGACGGCACAGAUUUACUGCGUUAAACAAAUUCACUUGUCGUACUUUUCCACGGAUGCCAGCGCGCCCUUGCUGAAACCCACCCGCCGGAGCAACGCAGGACAUUUCAGGACAACGCAGUGGAGUCCGCCCAGAGCCAUAGGAUCCAGCAGCCCACUUCAGUAGUUUCGCAACCCGCAGAUCAGAUCGACGUAGCCCCGUAAAAAUGGUCAAGCUGUUCGCGUUGAGCAUCUUCCAUAAGGGAGCCAGCGAGGCGCGUCUCCUGAAGACAACCGCCGACCUGCAGUCCUUCUCCUUUUUCCAACGUGGCACCGUCAACGAGUUCAUGACCUUCGCAUCCAAGACAAUUGUGGAGCGCACACAGCCGGCCCUGCGGCAGUCGGUCAAACAGGACGCCUACAUGUGCCAUGUCUAUGUGCGGGCGGACAAUCUGGCCGGUGUCCUGAUCGCCGAUCAUGAGUACCCGCAUCGGGUGGCGCACACACUUAUCACAAAGAUUCUGGACGACUUUACGGCCAAGGUGACGGCGGAUCAGUGGCCCAAUGGAACGGAGGCUACCAUCUCGUUUGAUUUGCUGCCAGCUUUUCUAGCACGCUACCAGAAUCCCGUCGAGGCUGAUCCGCUGACGAGAAUGCAGAACGACUUGGACGAGACGAAGAUCAUCCUGAAGAACACCAUCGAGGCGGUGCUGGAGCGGGGCGAGAAGCUGGAAGACAUGGUCAGCAAGUCGGAGAAUUUGUCGCUGCAGAGCAAGGCCUUCUACAAGACGGCGAAAAAGACUAAUUCCUGCUGCAGCUUUGCUUAGGCAGGUUCCAACCAUCUCAUUCCCUAAUCCUAUAAUCCUCUCAAGCAAACAGGAAACAACACCAGAUAAUGCAAAUCAAAGACCACACAAAGGGAUAAAGGAUAACACCAACAAACAACCAAACAAACCAACUGCUAGGGAGCGGCGUGGCUUGAAGUUUGAUGAUUGCUUUUUAUAAAUGAAUUAGUUAAUUUUAUAUACUAUACUAUAUACUAUACUGUACUGUACCGUACGAAUAGGAGGUCCAGUUGCCAGUUAUGUAAGCCCGCUAACCCAAUGUUUACUCGUCUGUGGAUCUUCGGGUCCUGUCUGUAUGUCUACGCUUUGGAUAUCUGGAUGUUAAUUAAUACCAAUACAAAAUAUGAUCUAAACCUGUGUUUACCAUAAUGUUCUCUUAUCUGUUACGAAGGUCCAAAAUUGACUCUUCGCUACCUAUUGAUGUUGUGGGCUUUGUUAUCGCCUUUCCGGCGGAUCUAAGAAGUUGGGAGGCAGCACUUAUACUCACGCAGUCGCAUUUUCGAUCUGGGCAACUGGCAAUCCGAUCUGAAUUUGUGGGCGUUUUAAUAAAGAAGUAUUAUGGGAAUUGUGAUUCGAA